CGUGGCUUCCCGCUUGCCCCGGCGCCCGGCCCUGCCGGCGCCCCCCGCGACUUCGGCGGCAGCGUUGCCCAGGGACCCCGGCGCCCGCGGUCGAUCCUUAAAUAAAACAAAAAUCUAUCCAGUAAAAGGGCUUUCAUGAAGAAAUUAAAGAGAGAAAUUACAAGUAAUAGAGAAACUAGGCAUUUGUAUAACUGGAGAAACCACCUAAAACAACUGUACGGAGUAAGACAAAAGGAGUGAUUACAUCUGGAAGAAAUUUGACUUAGUGUGAUAUUUUUGCCCACUUUUUUUUGUCAUAAAAGGCUGCUAAGGAAGAGAGCACAUAGUUUUCUAGAGAAGGAAAGAGUGUAAUGUAAAAAUGGAGAUCACAGUUUCUGAAAUACAAGUAGAGAGCAAGGAAGAGAAGAGAUCAGCAGAAGUUAGUCCUCAGGAUGAGAGGCAGGAGGAAAACGCAUCAAUGCUUUGCUUCAAGAGAAGAAAGAAAGCAGCCAAAGCAAUGCAGCCCAAAGCUGGCUCUGAAGCUGCUGAUGCAGCAGGGAAGUGUCCCCCAGAAGCAGGAGCUUCUGAUCAGCCACAGCCCCCCGGGGGGGCCUGGGCCUCCAUCAAACGCCUUGUAACACGCAGCAAAAGGUCAGAUUCUUCAAAGCAGCAAAAGCCCUUUGAGGCUAAAGUGCAACCUGAAGUCAAUGCUGAGGAUGCUAAUAUUUCUAAGAAAAAGGCAAAAUCCAGACUCAAGAUUCCCUGCAUAAAAUUCUCCAAAGGGGAGAAAAGAAGUAAUCAUUCCAAAAUUAUAGAAGACUCAGACUGCAGUAUCAAAGCCCAACGAGAGGCUGAAAGUUUUGAUACAAAAACUCUGACUCAAUCAGAUGACCAGGCAACAAAGACCAAGUCAACUCAGGAUGUAAGGGAGGCUGUCUCACAGAAAGAAGGUGAUGAGGUCUGUGACAACAGCAUAACCUCUGGAGAGAAAGUGAUUUCAGUAGCACUUGAGUUAGAAACGGGACAUUCUGCUAUUCAGACAGGAACUCUAAUCCUUGAAGAAGAUAUUGAAACACUUGAGGAAAAAGAAAGCGUUCAACCUCAGCAAGUAAGCCCACUGGAAACUUCAGACACAGAACAUCAGCUCCCACUGGUUCCUGAUGCUCCUCCCUCACCUGCAGUCCCAGAUCAACAAAUUCUGGAAGAAGCCAGAAACAGUGUCCUAGAAAGUGGACUAGAUUGGAAAGACCAUGAAAGUAGAGAGAUUGUUGCUGAGGAGAGUAAACCAAAAGAUACUGAAUUGAGCCAGGAAUCAGAUUUUCAAGAAAAUGAGAUCACUGCAGAAAAAUCCAAACCAGAAGAAAGCAGAAGAAUGGAGCCAAUUGCUAUUAUCAUCACAGACACUGAAAUCAGUGAAUUUGAUGUUAAGAAAUCUAAAAACGUCCCUAAGCAAUUCUUAAUUUCAAUUGAAAAUGAGCAAGUUUUUGCUACUGAUAGUGGUUUUGAGAGUAGAACUUCAGAACAAUAUGAAACACUCUUAAUAGAAACAGCUUCUUCUCUUGUCAAGAAUGCUAUCCAAUUGUCUAUAGAACAGCUGGUUAAUGAAAUGGCCUCUGAUGAUAAUACAAUAAACAAUCUUCUACAGUGA